GUGAUUCGAAAAGCAAGGUUUCAUCAAUGGCUUCAUUUUAGAGAUAUUAUGUCGAUGUCUUCAAUUUAUAAUUUCGUUGACGAUUAGCUUUCAUGUAGGUUUUAGCAUAAAAAAUGGCCAAAAUAUCCAACCCUACCAAGAAGGCAGGUGCGAUAAUACACCACGAUUCGUACACGGACCAUAUGGGUUCGUCCGACACCACCAUCACCUUCGUUCUCGGUAUCAUCGUCGUAUCCAAUGUGAUCAUGGCCGCAUUCACUGUCAGGGUCGGUGUGUUGAUGGUCUUUGUGUGUGGAGUCGUGUUCACAUCGUGGAAUUUGGACGUUUUAGUAACCAAGCAAGACUCUAAUCAUGGCAGAAAACAAAACAUCAACAGUGUCAUCGACGACCACCUGACAACUAGCAAUGGCGAUAAAACGGAAAAUGCGAUUGGCGGAGAGAAUCUUCAAAGCAGAAAUCUAACCAAUAGGAAACUUGGACAAAGAAUGGUGAUAUCUGAUAAAGUUCAAGGAUAUGUUGGAGACCCGGUCUAUCCGUUCGAGGAAGAAAGCACUGGUGAAGAAAGUGAGAAUGAUGAUGAUGGAGAUGAAUCAAGAUCAGAUCAUGUGAAAACAAACAAUUCCUCUCAUCCAGAUGUAAAGACAUUCUUCACGGCGGUUGAGACAACGUUCAAAGAUGUUCCAAUUUUACCAAACCGGUCUAUUCCGACGCUUGAAUUUCUUGAUGCCUGUCUCAAUGCAGUUCAGAUACUCAAAAAUAUGAGAAGAGCAAUAUUUGAUCGGGUGGAGGCUGAUAUACAAGGAAAUAUAAAGAAAAUUCGUGAUAACUACAAUAGUCAUCCAGAUGAAAGCUAUACUCUUCAGUCUAUGGUCAUACAUGAUGUAGAAGAGUUAGAUAUACUAAACAACGAUCCAGACUAUUAUGCAACAUCAACCAUUCUUGCCCUGAAAUGGCUCGUCAGAGCAUUUCGAUUUAUAUCAAGGUUCAUGAAAUAUAUCAUCGAGGGAGGAGAUCAGAUUCAGAGCGCUAAUAAAGCUUAUGAUGAGACGCUGAAAAUGCAUCAUGGGUUUAUCGCCAGGGCGUUUUUUAAGACUGCAUUCUUGACACUUUCAACUCGACUUGACUUCCUGAAAGAAUUGUCAUUGAACGAGGCUGACUUCGCUAGACCCGAUUUUGAAGAAAAAGUCAUCGCAGAUUCCCGGGAUUAUUUCAUCGCCUUAGAUCAGAGAUUGGAAAUCAUCGAAGGAUUCUUUUUACAGCAUGAUAUAAAACUUUAAUCAUCUUGAAUAUUAUUUUAUGCGCUCUUUUUAUACUGAAUGAAUUGCUGCUUUUGAAGUAUAUGAUGCUCAUGUUUUUUUACGAUGUGUUCUGAUUUUUUUUUUUCAACAUAAAAAUGUGUUUUAAACUUGUAAUCUGUAUUCGUAAAUAUAGCCUGUUAAGAAGAACAUUGAACUAACAUAUUUGAAAAGAGAAGGUACAUACAGAUAGAUGGAUGCGUGGAACCGGGGAGUGGACGGAUUGAUGGGUGGAUAGAUAUAUGGAUAAAGUUUAUUACAUGUUGAACAUUACUACUGCAUUUUUUUCUGAUCAUGUUAGUCUAUUUGCAUUUAUGAAAAAAUCUUCCACUGCAUGUUUCGGACAUUUUUUUCUCUCUCACGCCUUUUGUUAUUGUAUACUGUUUAUAGCAUUUACUCAUCUUUUCUGCAACUCUUAUGUCAUAAUAUUGUAUACCUCUUACUUUUUUCAAUGUUGUGUUUUACUAAUAUGUUGAUUUGUGUUUUGUUUUGGCGGUGAAUACAUGUUGAUAAUGUAUCCGCAAGGCCACAUCGAAUACCAUAUCUUUUCAAAGGGAUACCGAGGAAAAAACAAAUAAUAUAAAUAUACAUGUAGAUAGAUCAGAUUAGAUAGAUAUGCAGAUAGAUAUGCAGGUAGAUAGAAAGAUAGAUAGAUAACCGAAGGAUCAUGUUUCCUAUCUAACUUUAAUAAGUAUUAUUACGCAUAUGAUAUACAGACGUAAAAACAUUCACUACAGACCUUUUUUUUUCAUUUCAGGUGGAGAUUGUGUAAAUGUUUUACAUAGAGCCCUAUACACUUGCCAUAUGUAUAUAUUUUUAAAUAUACUGCAUUAAACUCAUAAUCACUAUUAAUACUGAAUUUUUAUAAAGUUAUAUCAAUAUUCCUAUCAUCUCUGUAUUUAAAAAUAAAGUUGGGUACCCCAUGUUCUGAAAUAUGACUAUUAUUAGCCCAAGAAUGUACCAACCAUAAUGGCAAUUAUUUUAUGUGCCAAAACAUACAUUUACCAAAUAAUGGAUAAUUAAUAAAAUAAAAAAAUGACAUUGAUGUAAGGAAAAGUGUUAUUUAUAACUUUUAAAUUCAUAUUCCAAUAAUAUAUCAUCUAAGUCACUAAAGAAGAAGGGAAUAAGUGAAGAGUGAGAAACAAAGUGUGUGUGCAAGAGAGAGAUAUGAGAAAUAAAGACAGAUAAUAAUAAUAGUAUUGCACCUAAAAAAAUUUGUCAAAUGUUUACUCUUAAUAAAUCUAUCCAUUCCCAUAAUACCCGCUCAUGUAUAAAAUACCAUUACCCAAAGGUUUCGUCUCAGUCCUUACUCAACUCUCUUAGACACAACGGUCCCCGUAUUUGGAACAAUUUACCUAAUAAUUUUAUGUCAUGCACUACAUUGUCAUCUUUUAAGGUCUUAUUGAAGAGACAGCUCGUCUCUUCCUAUUCCUUGUAACUCUAUUUUAAGUACCUAUGUAUCAUGCGUGUGAUGGUGUGUGUGUGUUUAUAUUAUAUCGUAACAUGUGUUUCUUUUCCCUGUUUUGGGGGACUAUGACUCACAAGUUUUUUAAACUUUCAUAUUAGUCUCCAAUUUCAUUCAUUAGAUUAAAUCUCGAUUGUUGCAUGUUACUUUG